AUGGGGAGACUGAUCAAGACGGGGCCGCAGGAGAGGCGGUUACUCCGGCCAAAGCGGCUUCACUGGAGUCGCCUCCUCUUCCUGCUGGGAAUGCUGAUCAUUGGUUCCUUCUACCAGCACCUGAGGAGACCCCAUGGCCUCCCCUCACUGUGGGCAGCAGUCUCUUCCCAACAGCCGGUGCAACUGGCCGGCCGAGGUGUCCCUGAUGACGAGGUGAUGACGGUGAGCAGCGACCCUCUGAAAACCAGCUCUGAAUUGCAAGGAGAGAUGCAGGCACCCAAAGCCCCAGCGGGCAGAGAGGAAGUAACACCCACCAUGACAACAAAGAACACCCCAAGAAGAACAGCUAAGGUCACUCCGUCAACGCCCAGGAAUCAUUCCAGCCUAGCAACAGCAGGCAGAGAAAGAAGGAAGGGAAACACCCCAACCACACCCAGUGGAGCACAGAAUCACUAUGUCCCAACUUCAAGCAGACAAGCUGUAAAAACUUACACCCCAACAUUUGGGGGGGAAAUGAAGAAUGACGGCCCAACUAACGCCAGGGGAAAGGUGAAGAAGUAUACCCCACCUGCACCUGCUGAAGUAGACACGUUCGCACCGUCCACGUUCACCACGAUGGAAACAAGCCGUGUGAUUGCCCCCAGGACUGCGGGGAAAGACGGGGAAACCGUGGCUGCCUAUAAAAUAUUGGAGGCCAAUGCUCUCAAGAGAAUAGCAGAGGACACUACCCCAACUACUCUCGGGGUGAUAGUUGAUAACACCCCAACUUUCCUGACACACGAGGGGGAAACAAACAUCUUGACUUCUGCAAAGAGCACAGUGGAAAAGAACAGCCCGACUACAUCCAGCAGAGAGGGAAAGAACAGCUCAGUCAACCCCUGGAGGUCCGUGGGAAACAGCAGCCUGACGACUCCCCAGGAAACAGCCCUGGAGCACACCCCAGUCCUGGCCGAGGACCACGUGACAAGAAGCCCCACGUCAGGCAGCAGUCGGGUAGAAACCGAGGUCCCCACUGCCGCCUGGAGGAUCAGGGGUCUCUCACCCAGAGCCGGUGCACCAGCCAUCCAGGCAGCCUCAGCCCCCAGCGCCUCAGCAGACCCCAGGCCUAGGGCAAAUCCGACCAUGCGGGUCCGUCACUGUGUGGUGGUGGAGCCAGCCCCGGCCAGGCCUGCCACCCACUCCCCAGGCCUGAGUACCACCCUGUUCCCAGAGCCACCAGGUCCCAGUCCCUCAGCACUGUCCUCCACCUGGCCGGGCCUCUCCCACAGCGGGGAGUACCCCCAGGACCUGUUCAGCCUGGAGGACCGGCGGCAGGGCUGGGUGGUCCUGCACAUCUUCGGCAUGAUGUAUCUGUUCGUGGCCUUGGCCAUCGUGUGUGAUGAGUUCUUCGUCCCAGCCCUGGGCGUCAUCACAGACAAACUGCAGAUCUCCGAUGAUGUGGCCGGGGCCACAUUCAUGGCUGCAGGAGGCUCCGCACCCGAGCUCUUCACUUCCCUCAUUGGCGUCUUCAUCUCCCACAGCAACGUGGGCAUCGGCACCAUCGUGGGCUCCGCCGUGUUCAACAUCCUCUUUGUCAUUGGCACCUGUUCGCUCUUCUCCCAGGAGAUCCUCAGCCUCACCUGGUGGCCUUUGUUCCGCGACGUCUCCUUCUACUUCCUCGACCUGAUGAUGCUCAUCCUCUUCUUCCUGGACAGCCUCAUCGCCUGGUGGGAGAGCCUGCUGCUGCUGCUGGCCUACGCCCUCUACGUGCUCACCAUGAAGUGGAACCGGCAGAUCGAGCGCUGGGCCAAGGAGCAGCUCAGCCGGAGGCCGGCAGCCAGGGUCACGGCCCGGGGCGACCUAAGCAAGCCGGACGAUGGGGCCAUUGCUGUGGAUGAGCUCCAGGAUAACAAGAAGCUAAAGCUCCCGUCCGUGCUGACCCGAGAGAGCAGCUCGUCCUCCCUGCACAACAGCACCAUCCGCAGCACCAUCUACCGGCUCAUGCUCCACAGCCUGGACCCCCUGGGGGAAGCCCACGUCUCCAAGGACAAGGAGGGCAGCCUGGGACAGGCAGCCGGGGCCCAACCCCAGGCCAAAGAAGAAAGCAAAGCAGAAGUGGAGGAACCAGCCAAGCUUCCUGCAGUCUCUGUCACACCAGACCCUGCCCCAGACGUCAGGAGAGGUCAGGAGAAGCGCCCUGGCUGUCAGGAGGGUGAGGCCGGUGCUGAGUGCACAGGCGAAGGGGCAGGCAAAGAGGGUGAAGCUCGAGGGAAAAGCAGAGGUGCAUCUCGACCCGAAGGAAAAGGAGAUGCUGAAAGUACGGGUGACAGUGAGAUCCCAGCACAGAGAAGAGGACACGGUGACAGGGGAGGCAGACUCCGAGUGGAAGGCGGCCACAGGAAAGGUGAUGACGGAGGAACCGAAGGCCAGGACGCCGGUGCUGAAACCCAAGGGGAAGCAAACGGUGAUGAGAAAAGCACAGACAGUGAAGGGGGAGGUGAUGGAGGUGAGAGUGAGAGUGCGGAGGAGGAGGACGAUGACGAGGGCGAUGAGCCCCUGUCCCUGGACUGGCCGGAGACCAGGCAGAAGCAGGCCGUUUACCUCUUCCUCCUGCCUGUCGUGCUCCCGCUGUGGCUGACGGUGCCCGAUGUCCGCAGGCAGGAGUCCAGGAAGUUCUUCCUUGUCACCUUCCUGGGCGCCAUCAUAUGGAUAGCUGUCUUCUCGUACCUCAUGGUAUGGUGGGCUCACCAGGUCGGUGAGACAAUAGGGAUUUCCGAAGAGAUCAUGGGUUUGACAAUUCUGGCUGCGGGCACGUCGAUCCCCGACCUCAUCACCAGUGUGAUUGUCGCUCGGAAGGGCCUGGGAGACAUGGCUGUGUCGAGCUCUGUGGGCAGUAACAUAUUUGACAUCACCGUGGGCUUGCCUGCUCCGUGGCUGCUCUUCUCUCUGCUCAGCGGACUACAGCCUGUCCCCGUCAGCAGCAACGGCCUGUUCUGCGCCAUCGUGUUGCUCUUCCUCAUGCUCUUGUUUGUGAUCUCUUCGAUCGCUUCGUGCAAGUGGAAAAUGAGCAAGAGGCUGGGCUUCGCGAUGUUCCUCCUUUACUUCGUGUUCCUGAUCAUCAGUGUGCUGCUGGAAGAGCGCAUCAUGGCCUGUCCUGUAUCUCUCUGAGUCGGCCAUUGUCGCUCAGCCCGCACGGACACCAGGAGCCAGGUCAGCAGUUACUUUAUCAAACAAUGAGCCCGAUCCGGGAGUGACCCGAGUGACCCAGAACCUCUGAUGUGGACGUGAUCCAGGACCGAACUUUCCUCUCGGAAAUACUUGGAGCUUAUUGUGGAUUAAGACCCUCAUUUCCGGAGAGUGGGGUUCCUACCCCCGACUCACAGACUUCCAUCAUGUGGGGGCCACAGAAGGACCCCUGGAGCCAGUGUUUCCCAAAUGAGAGUGAUGGGGACAGGCACAGAGGACAGCUCACAGCACGCAGGCACGGUCGCAUCUCAGCGCUCCCAGCCCUGCCCCAGCACAUGCGGUCAAGUGCUGGCUGCUCUUUUUCUAUUUGAAACAUGAGAUUUGAUCAGGUUUGUAAUCACACAGGUUCCGUUACUGGUGAACUUAAGGAGCUAAAGCUAUUGGAAAAAAAGUGUAUCAGGAAUCACUUACCAUUCCACAUUGCAGUCCUGUAAAAUAUGUAACAAAUAUCUUUAGCUUAAAAAGGAGACUACGUUAACUGUUAACUCUCGCUGUUACCGUUCUGAGAGUGGAACUGAAACA